AUGCCAAAACAACAUGGCGAGGAACAAGCAAUGGACAAGCUGGACGAGUUCCGGGGCUCUGGGGGCUUACACCACCCCUCCUCUGACGAGGAUAGCGAGCUACCCUCCACAAAAGGAGAUAUUAAAGCCCUCCUCCGCAACCUCCGCAUGAUGUUCGCUGCAGAUGUAGCCACACUGCCCGAGGAAACACAAACUGUGGAGGGGAGAGUCAAGACUAUGGAGGGAAACUUAGAAGACCUAACAGCCCAAUGCAUACAGCUGGAAGCCCAAAAUACUGAGCUGCAGCGCAACCAGUCUCAUCUCACCAGCUGCCUCGACGCACUAGAAGAUCGGCACAGGAGCAGAAAUGUAAAAAUCCGGGGAAUCCCGGAGACAGUGACCCCGAGUGACUUACUGCAAUACUCCAGGAGACUACUCGCCUCCCUACUCACACCACACCAAGCAAACCUUGCCGUGAUCGACGGGGUCUACCGCAUCCCGAGAGCCACCAGAGCCCUUGCAGACACCCCAAGGGAUGUUAUACUACAGCUACAGACACGGGCAGCCCAAUUAACCCUUAUGAUAGCGGUGAGAGGAGAAGCUAACUACCUUUUUGAAAAAGCCACCUUGUCUUUCUACCAGGACUUGUCCAGGCCCACGGUGCUCUGGAGAAACCGAUUCAAACCACUGACCACCACACUCCACCAACACUCCAUCCCAUACCGGUGGGCAUUCCCAUGGGGGAGCCACAACCUGCUUAACAGACACAGCGGAAAUGGACUCAGUGCUGAUAGUGCUGGGAUUGCCGACAUACCAAGCACCAAUCACCCAAGCCCAAAGAAAGCAGCCCCCUCACGUCUGGGACAUGACCAAAAUACAACCGUUCCAGCCUAUUGGGUCCUCCACCUCGUCCUCCACCGCAUUCAGAGCGCAGAGGGUCGGCCGCCAACCAACAGGCACCUGAGUCAGGGAGGUGUAUACAGGGGAACAGACUACCAGAACUGUCCGACUAUACUAUUGAGUUUUAAUUUUAAUUUUGAUUUUAAUCUUAUGUUCCGUUAUUGA